AUGUCCGACACCGAACCAUACCGCCCAGCGCUUGACGACCCAACCGCCUACGUUCUAUACCGAUACAUCCCAAACCGGAUAGCGGCAAUCAUCUUCGUCGUCGCAUUCGGUCUUACCACCUUUUUGCACAUCUUCCAAUUCAUCAGGAGAAAGACGUGGUACUUCGCACCACUAGUGAUUGGAGUCGAAGUUAUAGGUUACAUCGGACGCUACCUCUCACACGACGAUGUUUGGGCACUCGGUCCCUUCAUUAUGCAGUCGCUGCUCAUCUUACUUGCCCCGGCACUAUUCGCAGCCUCCAUCUAUAUCAUACUGGGUCGGAUAAUCCUCUUAGUCGACGGAGAGCGCUACUCGUUAAUUAGCCACAAGUGGCUUACGAAGACGUUCGUAGCAGGAGAUGUGUUCAGCUUUAUGUUGCAAGCCGCAGGUGGUGGCAUCCAAGCAAUGGGCACGCUAGACGCGCUGCAUACCGGUGAAAAGAUCAUCAUCGGUGGUCUGUUCGUCCAACUACUCUUUUUCGGCUUUUUCAUCGUCGUCUCCGCGGUUUUCCACUACCGUGUCUCCCGAGACCUUCCCCUCAAGAGGCGCUACAGCCCCUUCUCGUGCUUCAAGUCUCGGCAAUCUCAUGAGAUCGUACAAACCUGGACCACCGUAUCCCGAGCGAGUCUCGACGAACUACCCUGGAAGCGCCACCUCUUCAACUUAUACUUCGCAAGCGCGCUCAUCAUGGUUCGAAGCAUCUUCCGUGUCGUGGAAUACCUCGGAGGAAAUGCGGGAUAUCUCCUCAGUCACGAAGUGUACCUGUACAUCUUCGAUGCUCUGCUGAUGUUCUUUGUCAUGGUUUCUUUCAACUGGACUCAUCCAAGUCAGGUCACGGACGCACACCAGAAGAGACUGCGAAGCGGUUCGCCUAUGGAGCUUCAACAUUCUCGCGAUAUGUCAACGGGCGCGGACGAAGAGCACAUGAUGGGACAUCGAGAGGCUAAGAACGGUGUAAGAACUGGUGGCAGGAGUGGGUCCCAACAUUCAAGUAGCAGGCAUAAUUCUCGGCGUUGA